CUUGGCACCCCGGGCAUCCAGCAUGCUCAGGUUGACGGGUCUGCCCAACACUUGAUACACGAAGUGGCGGGAAAUAGAAGUGUGGAUGCCACCUCAGGGCGCGAUAGCCUGACAGACGGUGGCCGCACCCCUGCAUGCUGCUGAGUGGUCUCUGAGGGAAAGAACGCCCCCUAUGCUGACCAUUAUCGACCUGGCGACCUGAGAGCCUCAAUAAGCACUGAUGGCCUAUCGAUUCUCCCAUUGAUUGAAGUCCCCGGGUCGACACUCAAUGACCAUGCGGUCGGGAGAGCCGUAGCUCCACCCAUGUCCGAUCCACCAAUUACUCCUCGGGAUGGAACGAUUCGCCCCGCCUAGAAAGCGCCGAUUGGCUGGCGGUGCGCCCGGCUCUGGUACAGUCACGUGACAUGCGUGGACGCACCAAACUCCAGUCAAUCUGUACGUGGCCGAGUGACGGUGCAGAGUGUUGGUGGGGCUCCGCAUCAUUUCGCCUCAUAUCUCCAGCCCAAGGAGUUUACCCGCUCUGGAAUCAAGUGAAAAGUGUGUGUGAAGGUGCAGGCUGUCAGUGUGGAAAAGUUCAGGCCUGAAAUCUAGUGAGAAAGGUUCCAAAAGUGAGUAAAAUAGUGCAGUGUGAAGUCUGUGCCUCGGUUGUGGGCCAGACAAGAUGGCGGAGUGGGAGCGAAGGCCGUGAGGAGGUCGCCGUGCCUCACUCCAGCUCAGGAUUACUAGCACGGAUUUACUCAGGAAUUAGACCCUCCUCCCGCAGUAUCCUUCAGCCAGCACUCACAGGGGAUGGCGGCGCCUGCAGGAGGAGGCGCAUCAGGGAGCCAGGUGGCGGUGGGGUCUGCGGGUAUGAGUGUGAGUCUGUCGGAGCUCAACCCUCACUUCGUCUGCGUGCUGUGCUUCGGCUACUUCGUCGACGCCACCACCAUCACAGAAUGCAUGCACACCUUUUGCAAGUCGUGCAUCGUUAACUUCCUGCGCACCAAGCGGCACUGCCCCCACUGUGACACCCUCCUCACCAAGACACGUCCUACAACAAGUGUGAGGCCCGACCGUGUGAUGCAGGCGCUGGUGUUCAAGACAGUGCCGGGCCUCUUCCAGGUGGAGAUGAAGAGAAGAAUCGAGUUUUACCAGAGCCAUCCCCAUGCAGACUACGAGCAGGACGUGGAGGACUUUCAACACUACGUCUUUAGUCCAGACGACUCGGUCAGCCUCUCCAUCCGCUACUACAACUUCAGUGAUGAUGCGAACAAGAAGCAGGACCAGCAGGAACAGCAACAACAGCAACAGCAGCAGCAGCAGCAGCAGAAGCAGCAACAACAACAACAACAACAACAACAACAACAACAACAGCAGCAGCAGGAGGACAACAACAAGCAGCAGAAGGAGGAGAAUGCGGCGGACACAGGCAGCGUGGUCAGAUACUUCCGAUGCCCUGCCACCGUGCCUGUUGCCGUGCUCAAAACCCUCGUCAAGACCAAGUACCGCGUGCCCGACCCCUUCAGAGUGGAGUUGCUGUACGGGGACGAUCGCCUGCUGGACUCGUGGACCCUGAUGGAGGUGGCGUACAUCUACAAGUGGAAGAGGGAGUCGCCCAUGGAACUGAGCUUUCAAGUGGUGGCCACGAGGAAAGUGAGGAAACGACGCCAAGUGUCUGCCACUCCGAGCGUUUCUGGGGACAGGGAGGAGAUCCCGGUGGUGAGCAACAACACUCCGCCGCCAGCCGAGGAACCUCCAGAGAAGGUGGCGAGGAUUGAGGCUCCCUGUCCCGACACUGCUAAUGUCAUGCUCACGGAGGGCCAGACUUCUAUGGACACCAGCCCUCCCACUCCUCCUGAGACCCCAGAGGGAGGACAAGACAGGGAGAGUGAACAGUUUCCUGUGGAAGGGCAGACUGUCACUGACCCACAAGGCGAUGACAAUGGAAACACGACCGACGGUGAGGCGCCAACGCUGCAGCAACAACCUGAAGCGGAGCAUACCAUGGAGGAGGAGGCACCUGAACUGGAGGCUGAAGUGCCCCUCACUGUGCAGGAGAAUGGGCUACCUGAAGAGAACACGCCGCAGUGCAAGGAAGAGGUGAACAGCGAGGACACAGAUAAACACCACAUGGAAGCCAGCGAGGACUUCGACACCUCGAAGGAAUCAAACGACCUCAUUGUUGAUCACGACUCUGAGACGCCGCUGGAAGUUGAUACAAGCCACGAGACGGAACCAGACGGAGAAGGGGAAGGCGACGGUGACGGCGACGGCGAGCAGGAUGGAGACUCAAACAGGGGCGGAGGGAAGGACAAUGAUAAUAACGGUAAUCAUGGUGUUGACGGAGAGAAGAACGGAAAGCACUGCAGAGACGACGAGCAGGAAGACAGUGCCAUUGACGUCACGGAGACUAGUGCCAGCGAGCCCAUGGACAGCGACGAUAAAGACACGGACCUCAACGUGAGCACGGAGUCCAAUGAGCUGGAAGUGGAGGAACCGUCUGAGGUCGGCACCACCACGCGGGAAGUGCAGACCGACGAGGGUCCGCUCAACCUGAGCCAGGGCUACAGGGGCGACAAGAACUUCCGCAAAGACUGCUACGUGUUUACUGAUAACGAAGACGAUGAGGAAGACUGCGGGGAUCAGGAGGAGGAGCAUGAUGAAGUGGGUGCGCUAGAUCUCUCCCGCCACGCCCGCAGCGUGAGGGAGGCAAGGACGCAGCGCGAGAGUCUGGAGUCUCCGCCUGGUGACACGGAUGGUAAAGGUGAAAACCGCAACGCUCGAGGACAAGGCACCCAGACGAUUCUCUCCAUUACGCAGAGCAGAAAGUCUAAAAAGCUGAAGCAGCAGUCCGCGACUUCCACCGGGGCAUCCACGCCAGCGGUUCAGACGGCGUCCAUGGUUGCACCGAUCACGAGGCCGCCCAUGCCACUGGACUGGGCGUGUUCAUCUUUGGUGCCCGCGCCAGUCAACCCUCAGGCUGUUGCAUUCAAUGACCUCAUGACCUUAUCCCACGCCGCUGUUCAGCUGCAGCUUAUGGCGCACCACGCUCAGGCACAAGCUCAAGCCCAGGCGCAGGCCAGGGCACAGGCGGAGGUGCAGGCCAGGGCUCAGGCGGAGGUGCUCAAGAGCCUCAAAUCCACCGAGUCUCUGAGUUUCGUGAAUGGCUCAGGCGACACGCUCACCAUCAGUCCUAUCACCGCCACGUCACCGGAUAACAAGUCCAAGACAACUUAUUCCAAGGCCGUCACCAAGUCCCACCACACUCCAAAGACUGUCAAUGGCAACACCUACAGUAAAAACAUGAAUAACAAAUCUCACAACACAAGCAAGUCAGGAGGAAGCAUCAGCAGCAGCAGAGUCAGCAGUGCUGCCAUCAAUCACGGCAACAUCCGAACAAUAUCUAAGCCUGGCCUCGCUGCUUCCCUCAAAAUACCAAACGUUUCUGUCGGUUCCAAGACCAAUGGCACCUCGGCCCUCCCCACCCCGAAGCCGGAGAAGGAUCACCCGGAGAGGACUGGCGACCCGGUCUUUAAAAUAACAAACCAAAAAUUAGCAGAGUUCGUCAGAAUGCAGAAAAUGAAACAAAGAAAUCAUUUUAAAUCCAGCACCACCUCAACCACCACCACCUCAUCAUCAUCGUCAUCAUCAAAUCUGAGCUCAUCGCCUUCCCUGAGCACUUGUUCCUCCUCCAAGCCUCACACCAACAGUCCCCUCAAGGUCUCCUCCAGCUCAGGACCGACCACCAGCCUCAGCAGCUCCGUGACUCGGCCUAACACGGGUUCUAGUCAGAGCAUUCGUGCCACCAACACCAGCGUCCGUCAGAUCCCUAACCCUUCAUUUAUUCGCCAGCAGUCAGAGUCUCGGAUCACCGGUGGCCUUUCUGGGCUGGGACUGAACAACAGAAAACCUUCGGAGUCCAUUAGUAGGAUCGAGAGUCUAACGAGGUCCCUGCACGAAAAGGUGGCCGCCUCCUCCCGAGCGGCGAUCAACUCCGCCGCCAGAUAAGCGGAGGAGGACGGCGAAGAUCCUGAACUUACCCUCAGGCUGCCCAGCCUCACGGUGACCGGGCGCUGUGGCGACCUGCUCAUGGCGGGGAAGAACGACAGAAAUCACUUAUCCAGAGUCCCUCCGCACCCCAUCGUUGCUGGUGUAGACUUGGUGCUAGAGGUGUUGUGCUUUUACUUCCUGUACAAAGUGGUGAUGUGUAAAUAUGGCAGCCACCCUCUUGUAGGUGUGUACCAGCGGAGGGUAAAGUGGAUGUUAUGCCUGCGUGGUGAGCCACGCCGCUCGGCCCCGCACCCUGACGGGCCCUGGACUGGCUGGCUCACUAUAUGCGUAUUCCAUUGACAAAACUUAUCAACCCUUAGUGAUGUAGAUCUGAUAUCUGGUGGGACAGGUCCACAUACAAAACAGUGAUAUAGUAUUUAGAGGUAGCGAGUUAAGGAUGAACUUUGGCUUGUAAUCUGGCUUUAAUUUGAACUUUCGGUGGUAGUGACGACCCCGGACGGUGCCUCGCUACAAGGUCACUGCGCUUGCUGACUCUGUAAUGACGAGGUAGUUUACUUUUAGUUUGUUUUCCAGGCUCUCCCACGAGUCUAUUCAAGGGUCCACCGGCCCGGGAUUGCCUCUCCCGGGGCCACCGAGGCCCACAGCGAGGCUCAUGUUUUCUGCGGUCGUCCUACUCCUGCGUCACCAAAGAGCUUUUUCCGAUGCCGACUUUCCCUUCCCUUUUAUUGUUUGUGCUCCGGCGUGUGUACAUAGUGCGGGUAGUGGUAGUAUAGUCGUGUUUAUUAUUCCAGUUGAGUGUCGCAUAUAAUCAUGACUCUUCUUUUUGUCUUCCUUCCCGUAGUUCUUAUAUCAUAAGCACAUUGUUAUAUCGGGCAGGACACUCAGUCUGGCUUCUCUUCUCCCGUGCAUUAUGCUCCACUACCAUAUUAUUGUUCUUAUUUAUACCAGUGACCUGUGUACACGUAGUGCUUAGUUCCCGCCCUGGCCGCGGUCACGCAGCCCCUCACGCAUGGCCGCGGCGCCCCUCACUUCGCUGUUGAUUGUUUGUUUACUGUGUUAGUUCCUGAGCAUGGGUGCUGCCGAAGGAGGAUGUGACCCACAACUGCUGCCGCCCCGUCGUCCUGUGGGACACCAGGCUCCACUCGCCCCAUUCUGGUUCACAUGAGUAAAUGUACCCACCGGCUGAAUGUAGAGCUUGAGAUGAGUAUUGAGGGCAGAGGGUACCGCAGUAUAGAGUGGCCUGUAAUUAAUUCUCCUUCGGCAGUACAGAGGUGAGGAAAAAGAGUGUUGUUGGUAAGAGAGGGAUGGCGCAAGAGGGACUAAAAGGUUAUUCCCCUCCUUCCUCCAGCACCCUCCCCCUGUCCCAGGCUCUCCUCCCCUGCUGGUCGUCUCUCGAGUCCAGUACGUUUCGGUUAUGUUCCUGCGGAAAUUACUUUGCGUUACAGUUGUAAAUUAUCCACAUCAUUAUUGUUGUAUCCAGUAAGAUUAUUUUAUUAUUUAUGCAAAACAUGCGUGCCAUGAUGAGUUUGUUUGUCGUUUUACGUGACUUAUUUGUAUGAGUGUUGGUCAGUGUCUACCUUGAGGGCAUUCGUUACUCGCCGCUGUCAGCCACACGUGUGCACCACACACACACACACACACACACACACACACACACACACACACACACACACACACAGGAUCACAGAACUGGUCCGAGCAAGCCAACACGCUGCCGGUGCUGGUGGCGGCGCUACCUCGGCAAGCCAGGUCAGCGUGAAAGCAGACAGUCUUGCCGCCAAACUCGACAAAACGCAUGACUCAUGGAAAGUCUCUUUAGUGCGGGUCAAAUAUGUUUCUGAGGAUUCAUUGAGUCGGGUGGAAUUUUCCCGAUACAGAUUUAGUUCUCACAUUUCAAAUGCGGCCACAAGUUUUUGCCAAGUCCUCCACAGAGGCACCGACACAGCUACGUAUAUCUUCACCUGGUAGUACAAAUGCCUUAAUGAAUAGGAGCAUCGAUAUAGCUCAACAUUUUAGUUGGUGGGUUAUUUGUUUCCUACUGAAGGAAUCCGCCAUCUCAGACACCGUGACCCUUCGGUGCAGGAUUUGGCUGUUGCAGCCUGCCUCGAGGCUCGCCGCGGCCACCCCCGCCACCAGCACGGCAGCGACACACCACCACACUGACAGUAAUCAAACAUACUAACUAAUGCCCGAAAGCACGCAAUGCACAAAAGGUCAGCAAUCACAGCGUGGCCACGGAAGCCGGAGCACCACACCCGACGCGGCGGCCGCUCACCACUCCCGCUCACCAAGGGCGUGCGUGCUGCCCUCUGUCGGUCUGGUCCUUUCCUGGGGACAGCGACUGAGGCACACCUGGAGCGCGGCCCAAGUGUGCUGCCAGGUACACUCAACACUUAGGGCAUUCGUGACUCCUGCGUGAUAAUAUAUACAAAUGUAUAUAUUAUAUACAUUUGUGUGUUUGUGUUGUAGUUAGUAUGAAUGGAAUAUGCGUCUCUAUGUUCAAAAUCUACACUUAAAUAUAAAUAUAUAUAUUUACUGUUGCAAGGGUCAGUUUUCAUUGAAGGUUCAUCCUGGACGGCCUUCUGCCUCCCUCUGUUACUCUGUGCUCCUCUGUGUGUGAACGCCGACCGCGCCUCCCGCGGCUCAAGUGGCCCCGGGCGGCGCCGGCCGCUGGUGACGUCAUGGGUUUUAUCUUCAUUAACUCAACGAGCUCUUCUUUUUUUUCUCUUUUCUCCUUGAACACCUUUGGUCUUCAUCAUUCAUUGAAAACUCAUGUUAUACCAUUCCUAUCUCCUGUUCACAUUGCAUCGUUCACGGUCAUAAUUUUCCCAUCUCCCAACCGUGGCUUAUUUCAGUUGUUAGUGUAUGACGUGACAUGUGGAACGUACGUUGUCAUUCGUGUCUGCGUGGUGCCCGUGGCCAUGGUGGUGACCCGGCACGGUGGUGGCGGCGGCUACACCACUAUCAGACAGCAGCCGGUGUUGCACCCCACCGCUAAUAUCGCAGCCGUCACCGCCACCGCCGCCAUCACCACCACCACCACCACCACCCGACGCGGGAGGGCUGCCGGGCUGUAUUCCACCCACAAUCUGACAUAGCUGCGUCCUUCUCCGGUAUUGUUUACAAUGUGCGCGCGUACACACACACACACACACACACACACACACACACACACACACACACACACACACACACACACAUACACUUCCACCCAUUGCCCCUCGUGCCGCAAAGAGUGGGAAUUAUAGUAAUUAACAGAAAACAAGAUAUAUAAUUGUACCUGAAACUCGAUGCCAACACCCAUUCUGCAGCGACGCGUGGACAGCAAACUGGUGGCCCGCCCUGCCCUCCCGCCACCCCACCACUCCGUAUACGGUGUCUCGCAUACACGAAUGUUAUAUAUAUAUAUAUAUAUAUAUAUAUAUAUAUAUAUAUAUAUAUAUAUAUAUAUAUAUAUAAGCAUACAGACGUACGUAUCACCUAUGUAGUAUACAUAGAUAUGUAUACACACGAGAGAGAAUGUGUCGCGCCUAGGCAGAGGCUGACGGCACCGACUCCUUCCCUCACCCAGUAAGUGCACUCUGUAGGGGUACAGUGGACGGUGCUUGUUUUGUAUCAUCGCAGUCAUCACAUGUAGAGGUGACCCAUGGAGAAAAAUAAAGUAUACUGGAUAAUGA